AUGGCGAUACAUUUUUCUUUCCUAAGUUUGGCCACGGAUGACAUCUCUUUUGAAAAGUAUAAAAUUUUAAUUGUGCACAUUUCACUCACGUUGAGCAUAAUAACAAUGUGCGUUUCGCUCUUGUUAGUUAUUGUGUCCAGUUUCCUUUCACGAGAUGAGGGCGCCACGUACGUAGACUUAAACAUAAAUGGGGGAGACGGUACUCGGCCCAAGACUUACGUGUACAUACAGAAGGAUUCACCCGCCUAUACGUUGCAGCAAGAGGGGAAGAAGAAAAGCUCCGUCUCCGUCAACAAUUCCAUGCGGGAAAAUGGAGGGGAAGAACGCGAAGAGGGUGAAGUAAACGAAGCGGGGAAAGGUAACAACUCGAGUGGUCAGACGAUGGAAGAUGGGGCAAAAUUGUUCGUCUUUGAUGGAGACCCCCACCCACUGCCAAAAGGAGACGAAUUAAAUCCUGCUGAGAAGCAAAAUAAAGUCAUACGGAUAGUGAUGAACUGA